CACAUUUUACUGAGACUGAAGGAGGAAAUCCGUUCCAGCCUUGUUUUUAACAUUCUUACGCUAACGGAGUCUCAAAACCUUCGCGGUUUCAACCUUUACUGCAAAAUGUCUUCAGACUUUGAAACCUAUGAACAGGAUUUUGGAAAUAUUACAGCGGAAGUAACGAACAAAAUUGGUAGAAUUCCCAAACUAAGUGGUGAGGAGAAGACGCAGCUGGUUCUAAAUGUCGACAAACAGCUUGAAGAAGUCAGAGAGUUGGUGGAGCAGAUGGACCUAGAGGUACGGGAGAUCCCCAUCCAGAGCCGAGCCAUGUACAACAGCAGACUGAAGAGCUACAAGCAAGAGAUGGAGAAGCUCGAGAAAGACUUUAAAAGGUCACGUAUUGCCUACAGUGACGAGGUGCGCAACGAGCUCCUGGGGGAUGACGCCGGCUCCUCGGAGAACCAGUUGAUAAAGUUACGCGAAGAGAGAGCACAUCUGUUGGACAACACAGAGAGGCUGGAAAGGUCAACACGGAGACUGGAGGCCGGCUACCAGAUAGCAGUAGAAACCGAGCAAGUCGGUCAAGAGAUCCUUUCCAACCUAAACACUGACCGUGAGAAGAUCCAGAGAGCCAGAGAAAGGCUGAGAGAAACUGACUCCAACUUGGGCAAGAGUUCUCGCAUCCUGACUGGCAUGCUAAGAAGGAUCAUCCAGAAUCGUGUCCUGGUCUUCGUCCUCGGAGCCAUCAUCCUCGUCACCAUCAUCCUGGCCAUGUAUUUCAGUCUGCGAGGCCACUGAUCUUCCCCAGCGCACACACUUUCUCACACACACACACACACACACACACUCACUCACUCAUGCCCUGACACAAACGCAAACACACAAACGUCGUGAUUAAUAGCGACAAAAGUGUUGUUCUACUGUAAUUAGGACAAAUGGACCCCAUGAAUCACUGUUUCCAAAGCCUGAGAGGAAGCCCCUCCCCAAUCUCGCUCUCCUCUCCUGCUUGCAUUUGUUCCUCCCUUUUAAAAAUUUUCUCUUUCUUCUUUUUUCUUCGUCUUUCUGUCGCCAGGGAUUGUGACAGGAACAGGGGAGUGAUGUUUUUAUGGCGCUUUCUAUUCUUCUUCGUUGUCCUUACAAACUGGUCAUACGAGUACAUUGGUGGUGAAUUUAAAUGGAUUUUAACCACUGGAUUUGGCCAAAGAGAUUUAAUAUUCACGCACAUACCUGUAUCUGGCAAGGAUGUUUUGCAUUGUGAUUUGAAAAUGAUCGAAAUCUGAUAUACAAAUGGAUUUCACGAGGUUGAAGCUUGGAUAAGAACUUUGAGACACCAGGAAAUCGAGUCCACUGUUUGAUUAGAAAGCAGCGCCAUGUGAUCUAAAGCCGCUUUUCUGCAAUGAAAGGCGUGGGUGCCCUUUAAAAAUAUUCCAUUCCAGUCUUAUGUGUGAAUACAGGUCAGUGUCACUGAUAUGCAAAAGCAUCUCUGUGUUUUCUUCUCACUCCAGACUAUCACAUGUAGAUAUCUUCUUAAAUGGCUUAAGUAGGGAAACUGUCCACUGAGUGCUUUCAUAUUUUUGGCAUCGUAAUGGUUUCAACACAUAGAACUAAGUCUUACACAGGUCCAGACCCCAUCGGUGUUUAUCUCUGGAUAUUGCUAUGUGAAGCACAUGAAAUUCUACAAUUCCCCCCGUCUAUUGCAGGUUACUUCCCCAGAAGGGUCUGGUACCCAUUUACAGCUGGAUGGAUCGGGAUGCAGAGGAAUAGUCUGGUCCAAGGUCCCGAAGCACACAACUGGAAGGUAGUCCAAAUCCUGUCCCACAGCACCACCUGCUCACUAUAGAACUGCAGUAGGCAGCGUAUUUAGAAGAAAUAUGUUGAUGUGGAAAAAGCUCUAUUCAGUAUUGAAGUCAGUCAACUGCUGCCUCGAGUUGUCCUCUUUCUUUUUUGUCUUUAUUUUUGAAUGGACAGUUCUCAUUUCCCUAGUUGUAUUUAAAAAAUUUUAUUCCUCCUGGACAGCUCACAGUUGUAUUAAUCUGUCCUGUUAUAUUUACUGAUUAAAGCAUAAUGUAACUCAAACAUCCCGUCCCACUGAUAGCUGAUUUUGUUUUUUGGCAUCUCCAUAAAUAUGUGCUGCAGCACGGAAAUGCAAAAUUCACAGAAGAGACGUCCAGUGUCACACCCUACAUGCGAAGUGUGGGGAGAGGCAAGGACAGAAAUCCCACGUGACAAAAUCUCAUGUGGAAAAUGCCUCAUUUCAUUUCCGUUUGGGAAUUGGGAAAUGGGUUUGUAAAGUGAGCAG